AUGGUAAAUGAAUUUUCUGCAACCUAUAAUAAUUUGUAUACUCAUUAUCAAAGCGGAUGGAGUGAUGAGAAUGUGUUGGAGAAUGCACUGAAUAUGUGGAAAGCCAACAAUAAAAAUAGAGAUUUCAAGUAUAUUCAUGUAUGGAGGGUUCUCAAAGAAUAUGAGAAAUAUGCUCCUCAAUCAGUUGCUCAUUCCUCUAAUAAGAAGACAAGGACAUCGGAAUCAGGGGGGAACACUUCAACAUCAAACCCAAAUCCAGAUACAAGUGUUGAUGUUGAUGACUUUGAAGUCUGCAUUCGUUCGAUAGGGCAAAAGGCAGCGAAGAGGAAAGACAAAUCCAAAGUCAGAGAGUUCGACACAAUGGAACAAAUCCUUGACAAAGAAUGA